CCCUCCCUCCACUCACUCACAUUCUGUGCUUCCCAUGAGGGUUGCAACCAUGCACAUUAUUUUUGUCCUCAAAGUGUCAGAAAGUAGAAAAGUAACGACACAGCCUGGGGUUUCUUCUUCAGAUGCUUCAUUCCAAAGACUAAUACAAGGACCACCUCCUUUUGUUUUGAAGUAGUACAGUACCAGUUGAAAAACGACCUUUCUGGUCAUUAUGCAGGCGGUUUAGGGGACCUGGCAUUGUUUCAGAGGGCAGACAGGAUAGUUGCAGAGUCAUCGUGCUGCUUUGUUUCAGCAGAUCACAUCAAAUCUCCCACUGGGCUGGUGGUCGUACACAACAGCUGAGCAAUGUCAUCCCACGAUGGCGAACCUUUAAUGAUGCCCUCAGCGCUGGUGGCCAGAUGUAAGGCUGAGCAGGAGUUUUAGCUUUUUGUAAGUCCAGUCACAAGCUUCCUCUUGGUGAAUGUAGGAGCUUGUGUUUUCCAUACUGCCCCAUUCAUUCCAGCUGUUGAAUGAAAGUGUAUGUUCCUCAGCAGCCCAUCCUGUUCGGUCGUUAAGACAGAAAAAGGGACAUUUUUUCCCAUCGCACAAAAUGUGUAGUUGUAUUUGCCAGUGUGUGCGCGAGUGCGCGCUGCCAUGCCAGAGUUUGGAAAAUACCGGUGAUCUCACCGCGUCUUUUCCCGUCCGUCUGGGUUCUGCCUGACUCACAGAAUCACAAGGUGCUCUUACACAGUUUACCCGACCGGGGCGAAUGAGACGCCAGCCCAAGUUAGGUCUCUGCGUGCACUGACAGCAGACCACGAGUUCGUUAGGAAAAUAGGCCGAGCUCAAUGGGCAGAACACCGAGGGAGGAAUCAGUUGCCGAGAGAAGAGAAUGUUGUUGAGGGCGCAGUCCUCAAAAGCUUCGUUUCCAGCUCUGCUUUUCGGAAGGUCUUCCAAAUAGUCCAGCAGCAACAACGACGACGACAACGAGGACAAGAAGUGGAGUUUGGAAUAGUUGUCACUCACCAUUAUGUGGUACUUGAAUCCUGUCAGUGAAUGAACUGAAUGUUUGCGCUCCCUGUUCCUCCUUCCUCGUUCCCUGCCGCCACAUCCUCGCUAUGGAUUCUGUAAGACUUCCCCCUCGUUUGGAUCCGAGUCUCGGACACAGUCACCACCACAAGCUUUGGGCCGAGCAUCCGGCCCGUAGAAUAGUUUGCCAUUUUUGCCCCCCCCCCCUCGCACACCCGUCUUCCCUUCAAUGGACCCAGUUCCCAACAGUUGACAUGGAUGGAAUGGCCGACAGUUGUUUACAAUCCACGGCUUGGAUGAUACUAUUUGGGGCAUCUUUCUUCCUCCCUUUUCCGACGGCGGGAUAAGAGUUUCUUCAUCUGGAAGAUGAGGCACUGCAACAAUUCUACGUGUUGGUUUCACUUGAAAUCCCGGAGAUAUCCGUUUCGUGAUGGCAGAAUAUAAGUUGUUUUGGGAGAUCACACUUUGAGCAUUCUCAGAGCUUGCUUGAGUUCUUUUUAUUUAUUCAUUCCCGUAUUUACAGAUGAACUGCAUCUGUUUGUGAGCUCCCUCAGGCUCUAACGUAGGCCCGAUCGGCCUCACAGGGAGUCUCUUAUAGGAAGCUACAUCAGAAGUCUGAUAACCCCAAACUUUUAUAUUUGAUAUCCUUUCGGGCCAGAGAGAAACGAACCACAAGUUCCGUAUUGUUGUGGCAUGGCGGCAGAGCACGGCGAGCUACUGGCUGAGAUGGCCACAGUCGGGCGUCUGAGUGCCACCGAGCGCCUGAAGCACGCCCAGAAGCGGCGUGCCCAGCAGCUGAAGGGAUGGGCGCAGAUGGAGAAGGACGGAGUGCGAGGGUCGAGGGCCAAGGCGGAUAAGAAGAAGGCGCGCACCACCAAAGUCACUUUCCCCCAGUCCAUCACGCUGCUGGAUGCGACUGCACGCAAUGACCUGGAGGAGGUGAGGGAGCUUCUUAACAGCGGUGUCAGCCCAGAUUUGGUCAACGAGGAUGGACUGACAGCCCUGCAUCAGUGCUGCAUAGAUGAUUUUGUGGAGACAGUGCAGUGCCUGCUGGAUGCCGGUGCCUGCGUGAACGCCUGUGACAGCGAGCUGUGGACUCCGCUGCACGCUGCCGCCACCUGUGGACACACUGGAUUGGUGCAACUCCUGAUUCAGGCUGGGGCCAACAUGCUGGCUGUCAAUGCGGACGGCAACAUGCCCUAUGACCUCUGUGAAGACGAGGCCACCCUUGAGUUGAUGGAGACGGUUAUGGCUGAACAGGGGAUAACUCAGGAUCGUAUAAAUGAAUGUCGUGGAGCUAAAGAGGGGAGCAUGCUGGCUGACAUCAAGGCCCUGGUUCAGAGCGGCGCGGACUUGAACGCACAGGACGCUAACGGAGCUACACUGCUCCACAUAGCGUCCGCUAACGGCUAUGUGUCCGUGGCGGAGCUGCUGCUGGAGCACAGCGCUGCGGUGGAGGGUAAGGACUCUGACGGCUGGACGCCGCUACAUGCCGCCUCCUGCUGGGGACAGAUCCAAAUGGUAGAACUGUUGGUGGCCAAUGGAGCCAGUUUAGACACAAAGUCCGUCCUGGAGGAGACGCCAAUGGAUGUGUGCAUGGACGAAGACGUCAGAGCCAAACUGAUGGACCUGAAGCACAAACACGACGCCAUCAUGAAGACCCGGGACCGGCAGAAGAGCACACUGCAAAGACGAGCCUCUAGCACCGGCAGCAGAGGUAAGGUGGUGCGUCGCGUCAGUGUCAACGAGCGCUCCAGCCUGUACCGUCGGGAGCACCACAAAGAGGCCAUAGUGUGGCAGGAGCGCGGCCGGCAGUCGGAGCCUCAGGACGACGACGAGGACAGACAAACGGACAACGAGCUGCACCAGCAGCACGCCGCCACGGGUGCCGGUGGUGCCGCCGCUUCGGGCUUGGCGGAAUUGGAGGCUGCCGACAGGAAAAUAGGAUCGAGCGUAGGCAACGGGGGGACCUCGAUGUCCCUCUCCUCCUCGGUACCUGGAGAGCUGCUGAGCGGCGGGGGGCUCAUGGAGCGCAGCGCCUCCUACCAGCUCAGCCCCGCGUCCGGAGCCGGGUCGGGGUCCACGGUAGGAGACGGGGCGGACAGUAUGACUCGGGAGAGAUCGCACCAGACACUGGCCGACCUGAAACGCCAGCGGGCGGCCGCCAAGCUCAAUAAGUACCCGGCGCCUCCGCCGCCGCUUCCUCCCGCCUUGGAGGAGGAGCCCCCCGGAGCAGCGGUCGAGGUGGCGGACGCUCCGGCACGGGCGGAGCUCCAAGCGACCCCCGGCGCGCGGGAGGCGACCCCCGGCGCGCGGGAGGCGGCCCCCGUGAGCCAGGUGUACUUCACCCCAGCCAGCGGAGACCCUCCGCUGCUGAAACUUCGAGCCCCCGAGGAGGAACAGUCUAACAAUAAAGAGCCCUGCUGUGGACUCAUGUAGACAGUCUGACAGUCUGCAGAGUAGAGAAGAUGUGCAUUUUGCGGCGCAAAGUGACAAAAACCUGUUUGAAAUCAAUGAGACUGCAAGUUUAGGCCACAUGCCAACGAGGGUUCCGCCUAAGCUGCAUUUCAGAGAACUGAUGAUGUUGGGUGUCUAUCAAGUGUGCCCAAGUGGAGAACCACAGGUUCCGGUUUUGCAAUAACAAGCAAAUAUUUGCUUUGCUUGGUUUUGGUAUCACUAUUUAAUCCCAUAGUGCACUGCUCAACUACUGUAGAUCGACAUUUCAAUGAAAAGCCUUAAUCGGGGGCCGAAGUUGAAAAGCCGUUCAGGAUUAUGUGUUUUACAUUAAGAAUGAGAUUCUUUACCAAGUGCUAUGAGGGUAUGUGAUACAUUUACAUUUUAAGCCACCAGUUAGUCGCGGUUGAGAGAUUGUUUGGUCAUGAUAGCUUCAAAGUAUGAUAUACUAUAUUUACGUUGAGAGAAAGAUGAAAACACUGUUCCUUGCUUGAUUUCUUCUUCUUUUUUUGAGGGGGCUGAACAUAUGCUGAGACUUCUUUUUUUUGAUUACUUUUCCAUUGCACAGAAAAGCCUACAUUUCAACAUUUGAUACCGUGCAAUUUGUAAAUCAACUGUUUGUCACUAAAAUAAUGUGAUUAUCUGUGUAUUUAAAGCAGUGGAAAAUUGACUCAGCCCCUCAUCAUUAUUAUUAUUAUUAUUUCUAGAUUUCUAUUUUUUGUCAGUAUUUCUAUUUUUCUACUCUCAAUGGAAUCACAUUAUUUAUUCUAUCUAAUACUGAAUAGUGCUGGUGGUGUACAGUGUACAUUUUUUGUAAAGAUAAAUGUGUAAUGUACUUGUCAUAUAAUUAUUUUUUUUUGUCAAAGAUUGGUGCCUUGUUUAGGUGGCAAAUUUGAUAUAUAGGGUUGCAAUGCUUGCACAACGUCCCACGUGUAAAUUUGGUGAGCAGUGGGAUAAAAGGAUAUAUUUCUCCAACUUGAUGUGCUGUCAGUGCACGCUAAAUUCUAUAUUACAAUUCAGUUUUGUUAGUGAUUUUUACUGAGCCCUAUCUAAAAAAUAUAUAUAUUAAAAUGAUUCUCAAAUAA